UGAAAAUGUUGCCGAAUGGGCGGCUCUGAUUUUCUUCAAGUAUUUUCAUAUUUUCUGGCCAACGUUUCUGACAUUGCGCAUCCUUGGGCAUAUCGCCUUCAUUGCCACAGUUGUAUGAGUCCAUAUUUGGAAGACCAAUUUCAAUUCAUUUCACAUCUCUACCGGCGUCCAUUGGGGUUUACUGAAAAAUGCGAUCAUGGGCAUUUUGAUUCUCAAUAUGUUCAUUCUAAAAAUUGUACAGAUGCUUGUAUAACUUUAAGAAUGAAUGACAGAGUUGGAGGUCGUAGAAAAUUUGGAUUUAUGAGAGGUUGUCUUUCUGAUAUAAUUCAUCAUAAUAGAACAGCCGUUCGUUUUGGAGAGUUAUCCAGAACAACAAAAACGGGAGCUAAUAUUUGUACAACAAUAAGAUUAAGAGAUUUAUUUGUAUCUUCUGAUAGGUAUGGUUUUGAUCCUCAUGAUCAUGUAGAUUUGUGUGCUUGUAUUAGAUCAGACUGUAAUUUUGCCCAAAGAAGAGGGUUUUUAAGUCUUCCUUUUUUUGGAUUAUUAAUUUGUUCUUUAUUUUAUUUGCUUCCAAAAAGGAUAUUAAAUAAUCAAACAAAUAUUUUUAAAAAUAAUUGUAAUAUCAAUAAUAAUUAUGAAGAAGAUGAUGAUGAAGAGAAAAUUAAUAAAAUAAUAAAAAUUAAAAAGAAAUAUAUUAAUGCAAAACAAAGAGGAAGACGAAAAGAAGAAGAAGAAUAUUAUUAA